CCCCACCGGCCGCUGGCGCCCGGCUUUCAAAUACCCGGAUGGGCGGGAGCCGGCUCCCAUUCCGAGCACCCGCCGCCGACAUGGGUAGAUCGCUCGCUCCGUCGCUGCUUCUCCUCCUCCCUCUCGCCGUUUCCCUCCUGUUACCGGCUCCGGCAGCUGCUGGAUUUUGUGAUAGGAACCACUUCAGGUGUGGUGAUGGGAAAUGUAUUCGGGCACAGUGGCUAUGUGAUGGACAGUCUGAAUGUGAAGAUGGUUCUGAUGAAUCAUUUGAGACGUGCAAGAAUAAAACCUGUGGCGCUCUUGAAUUCAGCUGUGGUGGACGUGUUAACAAGUGUAUCCCAGCAUCCUGGCGCUGUGACUCUGAAGCCGAUUGUGAGAACAAGUCUGAUGAGGAGAAUUGCCCUGCCCGCAUUUGCAAAGAUAACGAGUUCCAGUGCCAUAAUGGAAACUGCAUCUCCAUGAAGUUUACCUGUGACGAAGAGGAUGACUGUGCUGAUGGUAGUGAUGAGUUGGGAUGUCCAGAACGGACCUGUGGACCUAAAAUGUUCCAGUGUGGUAACCACGUGUGCAUCCCAGAAUUCUGGGCUUGUGAUGAUGAUCCCGAUUGCCCUGAUGGGUCAGAUGAAUGGCCACAAAACUGCGGAAAAGCACCUGCAUUUGAACAGCCCAGUCCUUGCACUAGCCUAGAAUUCCACUGUGCUAAAAGUGGCGAGUGCAUCCACGUGAAAUGGCGCUGUGAUGGCAGCACCGACUGCAGGGAUAAGUCGGAUGAGGAAGGCUGUGCUCUGACAACUUGCCAGCCUGAUGAAUUUCAGUGUGAUGAUGGGACGUGCAUUCACGGAAGCCUACAGUGUAAUAAGGAAUUUGACUGUCACGACCAUAGUGAUGAAGCUGGCUGUGUAAAUGUGACUAGGUGUGAUGGUCCCCACAAGUUCAGAUGUAGGAGUGGAGAGUGUAUCCUACUGGAUAAAGUUUGUGACACACAGCGUGACUGCAGAGACUGGUCAGAUGAGCCCCUGAAGGAGUGUGGUGAGAAUGAAUGCCUAAAAGAAAAUGGAGGAUGUUCACACAUCUGUAAAGAUCUGAAGAUUGGCUACCAGUGCCUCUGUCGACCUGGAUUCAGACUAUUUGAAAAUACCAAAUGUGAAGAUAUUGAUGAGUGUGAGAACCCAGAUACAUGCAGUCAGAUUUGCAUCAACCUGGAUGGUGGAUUCAAGUGUGAGUGUAAUGAAGGCUAUCACAUGGAUCCAGUGACCAGGCAGUGCAAGGCUAUUGGGACCGUUGCAUACUUGUUCUUCACCAGCCGGCAUGAGGUCAGAAAACUGACUCUUGAUCGGAGUGAGUACACGCAGCUGAUCCCCAGUCUGAAACAUGUUGUGGCACUAGACAUGGAGGUGGCCACAAACAAGAUCUAUUGGGCUGACCUGGAUCAGAAAAAAAUCUUUAGUUCUCUAAUGGACAAAGCUGAGAACUCUUCCCAUCAUUCUACAGUGAUUGAGACAGAGAUUGAGGCACCAGAUGGUCUGGCUGUAGACUGGAUUCACCAGAACAUCUACUGGACAGACUAUGUUGCCAGCACUGUCUCAGUAGCUAACACAGCUGGAACAAAGAGAAAAGUCCUCUUCAAAGAAAAAGUAUCAAAGCCCAGGGCCAUUGUGGUGGAUCCAGUUCAUGGCUUUCUAUAUUGGAGUGACUGGGGAAACCCUGCCAAGAUUGAGAAAGGUGGUUUGAAUGGCGUGGAUCGUAUGUCACUAGUCAGUGAGGGGAUUGAAUGGCCAAAUGGAAUCACCCUGGAUUUGGUGAAUCAGCGACUCUACUGGGUAGACUCCAAGUUGCACACUUUGUCCAGUAUUGGUGUUGCUGGAGACAGCAGGAAAACCUUGAUCAUCUCAGAAGACAAGCUGGCUCAUCCCUUCUCUUUGGCUCUGUUUGAGGAUAAGGUCUUCUGGACUGAUGUGGAUCACGAGGCAAUUUUCAGUGCCAACAGGCUCACUGGGGGUGAUAUUCUAACAGUCAUUGAGAACCUAGAUGUUCCCCAAGACAUUGUCCUCUAUCACCAUCUUCGGCAGCCUAGAGGUACUAACUGGUGUGAGCAGAAUGGGCAAGUAAAUGGUGGAUGUGAACAUCUAUGCCUUCCAGCACCACAGAUCACAGCUCAUUCUCCAAAGUACACCUGUGUUUGUCCUGAUGGCAUGCAACUUGGGCCAGACAUGAGGCGCUGUAUUAAAGCUGUCACCACACCAACUGCCAAGUUGAGCACAGCCAAAACAUCGAGUCGCAAUAAUAAGACCAUCCUGACAGCCAGCCCCACCACAGUCAAGAAAGUGACCACGCACAGCCCUGCUAACACUGUGGCUCGUGCUGAUCCCUCCACACUUCCAACUCUGCAUGAAAUGCUCACCAUUUCACAUAAAGCAGAGCGCAUUGGGGUUUCGGCUGAGGCAGCUGCUGCUGCAGACCACAAAGGAAUUAAUGCGUUGUGGAUUGUUCUACCAUUGGCAAUCCUGGCACUCCUUGGUACUGCUGUGUAUUUCAUAUGGAAAAACUGGAGACUGAAGAACACCAACAGCAUCAACUUUGAUAACCCUGUUUACCAGAAGACCACUGAAGACGAUGAGGUCCACAUCAGUCGAAACCAGGUCGGCUACACAUAUCCUACGAGAGCAGUUGUAAGCUUGGAAGAUUAUGGUGCUUGAUACAAAGAGCCUACUGCAAAGUGCCUCACUGGAGCAAUGCUGUCUAUGGACCUGGAAUGUAAAAUGUACUGUUCAGCCCACCUUGCACAGCACUCCUUUAGUUUCUGUACUGCUCCACCCCCCAAGCUCAACAAUCACUCCAUAGGUUUUUUAAUUUGCAAUCAAUGUGCCAUUUACUGUGGAUAUUUUUAACUGUGGUUUUUCUAAAAAUCCCAGUGUCAGAUAUUACUUAACCUCUGAACACAAACUUCCUUUUGGGACUUAUUGAGACACUUGCUGAAGGCAACACCUAUCUGACACAAUCAGAAAUGAACACUGAUUGUGGGUUAAUCUACUGAAUGUACAGAAAGGAUUUAAAUAUGAAGUAUGUUACAGACUAGAUUAUAUAUAACACUUAGUGCAAGAUUUGUCUUGUACAUUUGUAAAUAGCAUUUGUGUACAGCAAGGUCUAGCGGGAGCGAGCUGGACUUCUACUUUCCCAGGCUUGUUGCUUCACUCCCACAUUAAGCUGGGGCUGGCCAAUGGGUAGGGAGGGCACUUGCUGCUUCCAAAGGCAGCAUAUUGAAAAUAAAGGCAGAGGGUUUUUAUUUGGAUCCAGUGCAAAUUUAUGUACAGCCUUGAACAUUCAUGUACAGCCUUGAACAUUCAUGUAAUACUCUACUUGAGUUUACUUUUUACAAUUCACUCCCAGGGUUGUGUGCAACUCUACGCUGACCAGAAUGCAUUGUGAUUUCCUAAAGCACUGCAUGUCAGGCAUUGCUCUCGUCCUUGUUCAUCAGUAGCAAAGGGACACUGCUAGUUCCCCUUGCAACUGAAGCUGUCCCUCUUUUCAGAGUUGGUGCCAGCCCACAAGUAUGAACCCAGCUCGCUCUUUAAUUUGUAAAUAACUGUAAAUUGUACAGAUAUUUUGCAGAAGGAAAUGUUUAAUAAUUUGCAGUGUUGAUGUAUGUUAAUCUAUUUAUUUAUUUCUGUCCUCUGGAGCCAUUAUUGUAAAGCCUCAGACUCUGUGCAGCUCCAGUAGUACAAUAUGGAUGUGUACCAAUUGCAGAAGUGCUGGGGGAGGAUGAAUUCCAUAAUGCACUGUGCUGGGUUAAAAUCAGUGCAAAGCCCAACUUUGUCCUAUUUUUCCUGUUUUUUAAAUGUAAAUGUUUACAAUAGCUGCUUUCUGACAGCACAUUUUGCUAAAUGGGUUUGUCUUUCUACUUGUUAAAUUUACACUUACAGAACAUAUAUUUAUUUACAAAAUAAAAAUGUUUUUUAAAAAAAAUAGAUUCUAAAGCAGAACCCAUUCCACUGAACCACCACUGGAUGUCUUCACACUGCCAGCCAGCACCACCUAUCCUGUUGGCUAACACAGUGGGAGGCCAGUUGUCAACUUGGCAAAAUCUGGCAUGUGCAUGUUCCCAUUGGAAUAGGAUCCUACACAAUGCUGGUGCUGUAACUGGCUAAGUUGUGACCACCUCCCAUGCACCAUUCAGUGUGGUGCUUCUGCUAUGAAUGUGAUUCACUAUCUUGCCCCUUUACCAAACUUGAAGGACCUGGUGGAGUGGGUACUUGUAACAACAUCCCAGAGUGACCAUCUGUCAAUUAGGUACCAUUAUGCACAUGGAUAUGGGCAAGUGCCUUGCCCUGGCUAUGAGUGCCCUGGGUGUGCUUAACUUCAAGGUGUUAAAUCAUUCAAUAACAGGAUGUAUUGGUUAAUCUUUAAAAAAAAAUAUAUAUAUUAUUUUAUCUAUGUUCUGUUUAAUGCCUUGCUACCUCUGCUGCCAUAACACUGGUGUUUCAGUAAAUGUGAACUUGUUUUGAGACUUUCCUACUUGCAGUUUUUAAAUGAGUUCAUGGGUGUUUAAAUCCGGAGCUGCUAUUGAGUCAAUCUUGCUGCAAUCUGUUCAAUCUAAAUGUUGUCUGUCUCCCCAUAACAUUUGGUGUGACUGAAGCUAACUUUAUGUAAUGCACCCUCAUGAAUGUUAGGCUCUGACCUUGUCUAAAUCACAUUGAUGUGUAUUUCCUUUCUUGCAUUGUUUUUCCCAACAAUCAGCUAAAUAAAAUUUAUUUCAAAGC